AUGUGCCAGGAUAUCGACGCUAAGGGCUUCAUUGCCUUGGAGGUUAAGGUCCUCCGGACCCACGUGGAAGAAAACAUCAGAAUGGCUGGUCACAAGAACCGUAUUGAUCCGGAUUUGUGGCACCCCAUGAUCAUGAGUUUUCAAGAGCUCUACGGGUUGAACCCGAGGAAGAUCGCAGCAUUUGAACUAGCGCGAGUUCAUGAGGAAGAGUACAGACCAUCUUAA